UAGUAGCUUCAGCCUCCAGUGUAGCUGCAGCCUCGGAUAAGGGAUGCUCCACUCGCGGCCAGGCGCACAGCAGAGCUCAAGGAGGAGUCACCAGGGCCCGGUCCCUCCCAGGACGCAGCCCCUCCUCCUCGUCGUCUUCUCGCUGUCUUUCUUCCUCUCUUCCUCCUCCUCGGCACACCAUGAGGCUCUGGGCGCUGCGCCGCUUCCCCUGGAGGCUGCCUCUCCGAGCGGCGUCUCCACGCCUUGAGCCAAAGCCAAGCAGCAGAAGCGGCAGCGUCGUCGCCCGGAGUUGGCUGCGUCCCGACAGCGCCUCUUUCCAGCGGGGCGUUUGCAGCGCGGCGGGAGGCCGGGCCGCGCAACAGGGCAGCAACGGAGCGGCCAGGGAAAUCAUUGAGAGCUCAAGGAAAGCCCUGAAUUUUUUGCAGAAAGAACAUCCUGCACUGAAGCCAACGCUCUCGGUCGUCCAGGUUGGUGAUUAUUUGGGACAAGAAAUGAUCAGAAAUACGGCUGAAGAGAUUGGCUUGAAUACGGUGCAUAUUUGUCUUCCUCCUGACUGUACUGAAAUGGAGGUCAUCAAUGAGAUCAUGAAAUUGAACGAGAACCCUAAAAUCCAUGGCAUUCUCCUUCGCCUUGGCAAAGUGUCAUCCACAAGCAAAAUAGUGAAUGCCGUGAAGCCAGAGAAAGAUGUAAAUAGAGCAACAGAUUUUAGCUUGGCAAGGUUGGUCCAUGGAAACAUACAAGACUGGGUGGUCCCCCCCUCUGCCGGCGCUGUGAUCUGGAUUCUGGAAAAGCUAGCAUGUACUUCCCUAGAUGGGAAAAAGGUGUUACUUUUGGGAGUUCAAGGACCUUUGGAAAUCUCCUUACAGUGCUUUCUUCGAAGAAAAGGGGCCGUGACUAUCAGCUGUCCCUGGGAAAUGAAGCAACUUCAGACUCUGCUUCAUGAUACUGAUAUGGUGGUCGUGGGCAGUACCAAACCUAAAGAAAUCCCGGUUACUUGGAUGAAUCCUGACAUAAUCACAGUGGAUUGCUCGCAUGAUAUUUUAUGGGGACAGAAUGGUUCUGGUGAACAUCCUAUAAGGUCCAACAGCCACACACCAACUGAAGCUAUACAUCAGCUGGCUGUGGCCAUAUGUAUGCAGAACUUGAUAAAGCUCACAGAGCGAUGGAUAGAAAACCAGCAGUAUAAGACCUGGAAUCUCCGUUGCUUGAAGUUACAGCCCCUUUCACCUGUCCCCAGUGAUAUUGAGAUUUCCCGAGCACAGAGUCCAAAAGGCAUUGAUGUACUUGCCAGAGAGAUAGGAUUGCUCACAGAUGAAAUUGAAAUCUAUGGCCAAACCAAAGCCAAAGUACGCUUGUCCUUGCUGGAAAGGUUGAAAGAUCAGCCAGAUGGAAAAUUAGUGUUGGUUGCUGGGAUUACACCCACCCCUCUUGGAGAAGGAAAGAGCACUGUGACAAUUGGUUUAGUUCAAGCGCUAACAGCCCACCUUAAAGUCAAUUCCUUUGCCUGCCUGAGGCAACCAUCCCAGGGACCUACAUUUGGUGUUAAAGGUGGAGCCGCAGGAGGCGGAUAUGCUCAGGUCAUACCAAUGGAAGAGUUCAACCUUCACUUAACUGGUGAUAUUCAUGCCAUUACUGCAGCAAAUAACUUGCUGGCUGCUGCCAUAGAUGCCAGGAUUUUGCACGAAAACACCCAGUCUGAUAAGGCCUUAUAUAAUAGAUUGGUUCCAUUAUUCCAUGGAGAGAGGAAAUUUUCAGCUAUACAACUUGCACGUUUAAAAAGGCUGGGAAUAACCAAAAUGGAUCCUACCACAUUAACAGAAGAUGAAAUUAGCAGAUUUGUCCGCCUUGACAUAGACACCUCAACAAUAACAUGGCGAAGAGUGGUGGACACGAAUGAUAGAUUCCUUAGGAAGAUAACAGUUGGGCAAGCAAGUACUGAGAAGGGAUUUUCUCGUCAGACUCAGUUUGAUAUAGCUGUUGCAAGUGAAAUCAUGGCCAUCUUAGCACUGACCAGCGGCCUAUCAGAUAUGAGAGAGAGACUGGGGAAAAUUGUAGUUGCUAACAACAAACAAGGGCAGCUGGUGACAGCAGAGGAUUUGGGAAUAACUGGUGCUCUGUCAGUCCUGAUGAAGGAUGCAAUAAAACCAACACUGAUGCAGACCUUAGAGGGUACUCCAGUUUUUGUACAUGCUGGACCUUUUGCAAAUAUUGCUCAUGGCAAUUCUUCAGUUUUGGCAGACAAAAUUGCCCUGAAACUGGUUGGCAAAGAAGGAUAUGUAGUAACUGAAGCUGGUUUUGGUGCUGAUAUUGGGAUGGAGAAAUUCUUCAACAUCAAAUGCAGAACUUCUGGCUUGAUUCCCAGCGUGGUUGUUCUUGUUGCUACAGUGAGAGCUUUGAAGAUGCAUGGAGGUGGGCCAAAUGUAACAGCUGGUGCCCCUCUUAAGAAAGAAUAUACAGAAGAGAAUCUCAAAUUGGUGUCUGAUGGCUGUAAUAACUUAAAGAAACAGAUUGAAAUUGCACAGCAUUUUGGUGUACCUGUUGUAGUAGCUCUAAAUGUUUUCAGAACUGACUCUCCUGCUGAGGUUGAUUUAGUCUGUAAGAUUGCCAAAGAGUCUGGAGCUUCUGAUGCAGUGCCUUGCAAUCAUUGGUCAGAUGGCGGCAGAGGAGCAGUGGACUUGGCUCAAGCUGUAAUGAGAGCUGCCAGUCAGCCAAAUCACUUCAGAUAUCUAUAUGACCUGGAGCUUCCUAUCACUGAAAAAAUAAGAAUCAUAGCACAGAAAAUCUAUGGAGCUCAGGACAUUGAGCUGUCUUCUGUUUCACAGUCUCAAAUAAAUCGCUACAGUCAACAGGGAUUUGGAAAUCUGCCAAUUUGUAUGGCCAAAACACACCUAUCCUUGUCCCACAUGCCUGACUGGAAAGGGGUGCCCACUGGUUUCAUUCUGCCCAUCAGUGAUGUGAGAGCCAGUAUCGGAGCUGGCUUUAUAUAUCCGCUGGUGGGGACGUGCUCUUAUCAGUCAUCUAGUUUUAUGAGGAAAACUCCAGAUCAUCAAAUAACAAAUGAGCACCAUGCCAGGAUUGCCUACACGGCCUUGCUUCUAUGAUAUUGACCUUGAUCCUGAAACAGAAGAAGUUAAGGGAUUGUUUUGAACAAAAGUACAAAGAAGGGCAUGAUAUUAGGAGACAUGAAUGUCUACAACUUACAACACAACUCUGGAAGACUUCUGGAAAAGAGAAAAUACCAAAAAAGAAAAGCUAAUCUCUGAAGCUUUUUGUUAAUGAAAAACCAAAGCAAGAUCAACAAUAUAUUCCCAGGCAGAAUGUAAAGGAAUGUUUUUCAAGGCAUGCAGUUGCCUGCACAUUAUUCACUCCAAAAGGUGUGGAGGAGAGGAAGUGACCCGUAAAAAAAGAUAGAUCUUAAAGAAUAUAAUUAUUUUUCUAUUUCAGCUAAAAACCUGGAACUCUCCCCUCAGACAGAUCAAAAAUUAAUAUUAAAAGUAUAUUGCUGCUUGA